UGACUCUACUAGCGUAACAAAACUGACUGGAGCUUUUCACCAGACUACCACUAGCCAUGGUUGAAUUAAUUCAACCAUGACCACUAGCAGCCCGCCAAAGUAACGCGUUUCAACUAGUAAACACUAUACCUACCAGAGUUUUCACGGCUGUUGUUCAUUAGUAACCUAAUUGCAUUAAGUUGCAAGAUGGCGGUUCAACUUUCGGCUGGUACUAUUGCAGCUAUCAAUAAUGGAGAGAAGCCCGAGGAUGUCAUUCUCCAAGUUAUAGCAGUGCGCAAGUUUCCUACAGGAGACCGGUGCCGCCUGCUUGUCUCUGAUGGAGUUCACCGUUGUGGAUUUGCAGUCAUGGCCACCCAACUCAAUCCUAUGAUCAACAGUGGUGAAGUUGCUCAACAUGCAGUUAUCAAGGUCACCAAAUAUUUUUGCAGCCAAGUAUCAGAAAAAAAGAUAAUGAUCAUCCAGGGUCUGGAAGUCCUCCUAACGGCUGAAGAUGUUGGAGGUGGAAUAGGGAACCCUACGCCAUAUGAAAGUGGGGCAGCUGCUCCUGCCGCAGCUUCCAAUCAUUCAAACACCCGACCCGGAGGUGAAAUAGGGAACCCUACGCCAUAUGAAAGUGGGGCAGCUGCUCCUGCCGCAGCUUCCAAUCAUUCAAACACCCGAUCCUCUCCUGUAGCUAAUGAUCUGAUCGGUUUGUGCCGCGAUGCGUCAGAGGUGGCCACUAUUGUCCAGCGCUCAACCGGCAAGGAGCUGCGAAAAAAAGAAAUUUCUAUUGUCGACCACACCAAUCGAGCUAAGCCCUCCGAAUCGAAGCGGCUGUGCUCCAAGUGCCAUAAUCAGGGGCACUAUAAAACUACGUGCCCCAUGCGCAGCACAUCCAAUCGAAAAUGUUCACGGUGCCAUUGCACCGGGCAUUAUAGAAACAAAUGCCCCAUUGGUCUCUCUCCAGGACCUCCAACGCUAAACAUAAAUGCAAGUGUUGCUGCCGCUCCUCCAGCCAGCGCGGUUUCGUCAGCAGCGUCUGGUGCAGCUGGUCGUGGCAGGAGCCCCACAAAACAACCUGUUUCUUCUGGCGCUGGCGGCCGCGAGAUUGUGAAGGGAGUGUGUCCUAUGCCUGAAACCGUGCCUCUAUUGGAUGCUCCUCAUCAGUCUUCCGUUAAGGAACGAGCUGCUGCUUUCGCCGUCGCCAUGGGCGAGGAUCAUGAACACUCAGACUCCGAGUAUCCAGAGAGCGAAGAUUCCUACUGUGCCGGCACGGAGCCUCUCUCUCCAGGACCUCCAAAGCCUCCACGAACUUAUGCUGAGGAACUUCCCCCCUACACUGAUGACUGCAUGCCCCCUCCCCCUCAUGACUGGCAUUCCCACAACGAUAAGAGCUACGAGCCGUGCGUCAAGCCUGGCUGUCUCUACCCUACACUUUCUGAUAUUGAGUCCCUUUCUGAUAAGGAGAAUUUCCCUGAUGAAAGCUCGUGCAGCAGUGGAGCCACUGUUGACGCUACUUGCAUCUCAGUCGACAGCCUCGGCACUAAAAUACUGAAAAUUGCUCAGAGACAUAACCAAAGGAUUAUGACGACACUUCCAAAGAGCGCUGAAGAAAUGGACGAGACCGAGGCUUGCAGUGACACCAGCGGCGCUCUGAACGUAGCUUUCUGUGAAGACAGCACAUCUCAAAUCACGCCUCCUAAGCGGCAUCGCGAAGAACAGGGCGACACGGUGCAGGGCCAUAACCAAUACAAGACGCCGCGCAUCAGCGCCUCGCCCUCCAAGCCAGUCAGGCAGCCAGACGCCCCUCGUCCAUAGCCUCUCCAUGUACAGGAAGAACGACAAGCUGUUAGUUCUAAGUAAGGGAUGUCAUUUGAAGGGAAUUGAUUUUAACAUUGACUCUGAGACAAGACUAAAGGUGAAGUGUCUUCAAACUUUAGUGCAAGGUUUGUGUAUUCGUUGACUUGCAUUGCGGAAGCUUGUUUCUCUGCUUUUUAUGCAGUAGGUAUAAAUGAAGGUAGCAUCUGUAGGAGCUUACACCUACAGAAAAAAUUUCGUUGGUGCUUCUAACUUUUAUAGUUUGCCUUCCCGAUUAUGAAGGUUAUUUUGUGUAUGUAAACAUUAUUUUGAGUUUGAUUAUCAUAAAUACCUAUACUCUUUAUGUACCAUUAGAUACAUUUAUUAUUUCGAACUCAAAUCCUGUAUUUCAAGCUAAGUUGUCUGUUUCUUGCAAUUUUAUGUUUGCAUUCGAAAUAUUUAUUUAUCAUAAUUUAUGAAAUACUUCUAUGUAUCUUAUUGCUGGACCCUCGAUAAAGAGGUCAUUUUGGCUGUGGUUUAUUAUUAACAUGUUCAAUGUUGGUGUUGGAUUGAAGAUUGAAUCAUCAUUCAUUUUUUGUGUUCUGUAAACGUUCAUUUGUUGUAUUCCUGUUCAAAAUGUUGUUGGCGCCGUUACUUAAGUUAAGUACUAGAUUUAAGGCCUCUUGAUUUUGUGACACACUGUAGGUUUGAGCUAAAGCUUAAGUUUGGGAGACCUGUUGUGAACGAAAGGCUCUCUUCGCGUUGGACAAGAAGCCGCCAAUGAAUGGCAUCUGCUAUUGAAAGCUGUCUAAUGUUGUCGCCGUGGCAUGAGCUUUUGGAUACAUCAGAUAUGUUUGUGACAUGCAUAUAUUUGCAUCAGGCAUGCAUUUAUUUGCAUCAGAUUUGUUCAUGGUUGCCCCUACCUCUCGUCUCAGUGUUGCACUGAUCUCGUUCCUUGGUGUUUUGGAAUAAAUUUCCGCGUUC